UAUGAACCAUGCAUGUAGAGAGAAGCUGAUCAGAGGUCAGUGCUGGUUUGAGUUCAGGAAAGAACAACACUGAAUGUUUCUGUGCUGUAACAUGAAAACAUGGUUUCAGUCUUUUCACCUGAGUUUUGUUGCUCCAGGUUCAAAGUGUUGAAAUGAAGCAGCUGCUGAUUCAGAUACCUGAGCUGUUGUGUUGUAUCUUCCUGAUCCAGGACAGACUGCUCACCUGGACUGUUUCAUUCCUCCUGUAUCACCUGUGUUAUAUAUCAGCCUGAUGUAGAAACUGUCUGUAUCCACCCGGUAGAACAUGUGUGUUAGAACAGCACAGUUAUACAGUCAAUAUGGAGGAUUUACUCUCAGAGAUUUGACAGGAAUCAACAGAUAUUCAGGAGGUAUUUUCCCUCCGAAGCAGCAGGUGGCGCUAAAGUCUCCGACACGCUGGUGACGCGGCGGAAGUGACGUAAUUUUCGCGGGAAAUGCAGACGGCUUCUCUCGGUGUCCUCGGUGUCUCUGUAACGUCUUCGUCCUUCACGAUCCUGGUUCUGAAUCGAGGCAGAUAAACGGCGCAGAUCGGCUUCAGUCCGGGACCAGAGUCUGUGUUUCAGUGUUUCUUCUCCUGAGUUGAAUCUGACAGAGAAGAAACAGGAUGAAGUAUUUCACCAGACUGAGAGUCAGGAGAGUCUACAAGUGGCGUGGAGAGCCUUUAAGUUUCAACAGGAAGUUAAAAACCUGUGAAUACAGCUCUCUGUCCAUCAGUGUGGAGGGUCUCCCGAGGACCACCGUCAUCUCCACCGGCCAACACAUCCUCAUCGAGGGGGAGGAUGAAGACAACCCGUACGUGGCCAGAGUCAUCCGGCUGUUCGGUGACGAGAGCGGGAAGCAGAAGAAGGCGGUGGUUCAGUGGUUCGUCCGCGUGUCUGAAGUGCCUCCGAGCAAACUGAAGCUGCUGGGCAGAGAGCCUCACCCGCAGGAGAUCUUCUACUAUCAGGGUCGCAGCUGUGACGACGAGGUCAACGCCGAGUCCAUCCUCAGACCUGUGCAGGUGAGGCACCUGGACGGAGCGGCCCCGUUCCCGGACUCUGACGAUAAAGACACUCUGUAUGUGAAGCUGUCCUGGGACUCCAAGACCUUCAGGGUGGUGGACUCUGCCUCCGCUGAACCGGCUCCGGCUUCCUCCCCUCCUCCCCGUCCCAAACCCUCCCUCCCUCCCUCGCCCCCCUGCUCCCCGCCCGCGGCAGCUCCGGCGUCUCGCGGCCCCUCUCGGCGUGCCCUGCCCACGCCGGACCCCGCCAUCCUGCGCAAAGCCUCCUCAGGGGAAGUGAGGUACAGCAGGGCCACGAUGAGCGCGGGGAAGGUUGCUACCGCCGCCGAGGCCGAGUCCCUGCACUCUGCCACCAAACUGUCGGCCCUAAAAUGUCUGAGCGCCAAGAGGAGGAACGCCUCGAACGCCUCGGCCAGACGCCCGGAGUCCGCAAGAAGUCCAGAGAAGAUGACCCGAGAGGACAUCCUGAGCCAGCUGCUGGACCAGGAGCUGGAGUCGGGGAAGGAAACAGGGAAGUCGGUCAGCAGCUCGUGUCCUGACGGUUGGACUCACUACAGGAGACGUUGUUACAUCCUCAGCUCGUCUGUGGCCAGCUGGGCCAGCGCCGAGAGGACCUGCUCUCUGCUCUUUAACAGCAGCCUGACCAGCGUGAAGUCCAGGAGAGACAUGACCUGGCUGUGGAAGUUUGCCGGGAAGAAGCCAUUUUGGAUCGGUCUGUCUGGAGGUCCGGGUCGCUGGAUGUGGGCUGACGGUCGGUCCGUGUCCUUCUCCAGACUGAGGGGGGCGCCGCAGGGUCGCGUCGGGUCUAACGACGGCUCGGACUGUGUGCUGGUCGAAAACCCCAGGAGCUGGAUUUCCACGAGCUGCUCUGCCGAAACUCAACAUACAUUCAUCUGUUCGUCGGCGGCCCACACUCACUGA